AUGGUCUCCUUCACAUCUUUGUUCACCGCCGCUGUGGCAGCGACAGGUGCUCUUGCUGUCCCGGUCACCGAUCUUGCUACGCGCUCGCUGGGUGCCCUGACUGCACGCGCGGGCACUCCCUCUUCCCAGGGAACCCACAACGGCUGCUUCUACAGCUGGUGGACCGACGGCGGUGCUCAAGCCACCUACACCAACGAAGCUGGCGGCAGUUACAGCGUGAGCUGGAAGACCGGUGGUAACCUUGUUGGAGGAAAGGGCUGGAACCCCGGUGCCGCACGCACCAUCACUUACUCCGGCACCUACAGCCCCUCCGGUAACUCCUACCUCGCCGUUUACGGUUGGACCCGCAACCCCCUGAUCGAGUACUACGUGGUUGAGAACUUCGGCACCUACGAUCCCUCCUCCCAGGCAACCGUCAAGGGCUCCGUGACCGCCGAUGGCUCCUCCUACAAGAUCGCGCAGACCCAGCGCACCAACCAGCCCUCCAUCGACGGCACCCAGACCUUCCAGCAGUACUGGUCUGUGCGCCAGAGCAAGCGCAGCAGCGGAUCCGUCAACAUGAAGACUCACUUCGAUGCCUGGGCUGCCAAGGGCAUGAAGCUCGGAACGCACAACUACCAGAUCGUUGCCACUGAGGGCUACUUCUCCAGUGGUAGCGCUAAGAUCACCGUCAACUGCGCUUAA